AUGUCGUGUGGCGCGGAAGCGACGAUUUCCGAAGCGAGCGAGCGCAAGCCGCGCUGCGGGGGACGAACCGGAGGCAGAGGUAUAGCUGCCCCGGUUGUCUUCUUCGUGGACUAUGCUUCUAACUGCUUAUAUAUGGAAGAAAUUGAAGACUCGGUGACUGUUCGAGAUUAUAUCCAAUCUACUAUGGAGACCGAAAAAGACCCCCAGUGCCUCCUGGGCUUGGCCAGGAGAAUCGGGCAGGUUCUGGCUAGAAUGCAUGACGAAGACCUCAUUCAUGGGGACCUCAUCACCUCCAACAUGCUCCUGAGGCGGCCCCUGGAGCAGCUGCACAUCGUGCUCAUCGACUUCGGGCUGAGUUCUGUUUCGGGACUGCCGGAAGAUAAAGGCGUCGACCUCUGUGUCCUGGAGAAGGCCUUCCUCAGCACCCACCCCCACACAGAGACGGUGUUUGAAGUCUUUCUCAAGAGCUAUGGUACUUCAUCCAAAAAGUCUGGUCCAGUGCUGAAGAAGUUAGAUGAAGCCGGGCGGGCUGCCCACUUCUCCAGCCUUUCACCAGUGAUUAUCACGCCCCCUACCAGACCCAUCCCACUUGGACCAGCCCUGCAUCCCCUGGCGGGUCGCCAACCCAUCCCCACCGGUGUAGGCCCCGCCCAACCAUAA